UACCACUUCCUUCUCCAGUCUCGGCAUUGUUUGGUAAUCUGGUUAACUGCGAACGGUUAGCUCCCUGAUUGAAAUAACUAGACCAAUCUUGAUCAAGUACGGUACCACUUCCUUCUCCAGUCUUGACAUUGUUUGGAAAUUGGGUUAACUGCGUACGAUUAGCUCCCUGAUUAAGAUAACUAGUCAACAUGGCUGCAAAUUCCUUAUCUCUUUCAAAUCCAAUCAAAGACGAAUCCCUUUGAACCAAACUUUGAUUUGACUCAUGGCGUUCUCCAGCAGCAGAGCUGUUAUGAAGAGAGUUCAAAUUUCUUGUAAUACGUCGAUUCGCUAAAAUUGCAGCAUUCAGGAGCUGAGUUGAAAUAUCCUCAUGUAUCAAUGAUCUAGUCUGAUUCUUAGCUGCUUCUACUGUGGACACUUGAUUUGCAUUACUAGACGUGAUUUUACUUGAAUCACCUUUGUUCAAAACCAACUUUGCUUUGUGCUAAGUCCUGCCAAAGCAACUACAGCAGCAGUUUGUGCUAAGUCCUGAGCAGUAGCAUACUAAGCAUAUGAAUCUAUCCAAAUUUGGAAACGAAUUAACCUUUCAGGAAGUGGAAGUUGACAUUCUUAAUGCUACCAGAUUUUGAGGAAACUCGUAUUUGGAGGUGCAGUUCCUGAUGAAUCAAGCAGCAGCUCUAAAGAAAAAGGUUUCGAAUCCAAACAAAGCUGAAAGUCCAAUGAAGAAUAUAGGUUUUGAUUUUCAAUACUGAUCAAGUGCCGAAUUGGCGAAAAAAUUUCAAAUUAAGAGAGAAAAUCUCGCAAGUAAUCACAAGGAUAAAGCUGUGAAAGAGCAGGCGUCACUUAGAUUUAAAAGAAAGAAUAAUAUGCCUACAACAACAGAAGGACAAAGAAGACAGAGGUUAACUCAAUCCGAUGAGUCGGUUCAACAGUUAGGAAUGAGUAAAUUGCCUAUAUACAAAUCAAUGAUCCAAUCGCCUUCCAGGGAAGAUCUGAACACUUCACAUAACAUUGCAAUAAGAGGACAAAGUAAACAGAGGUUAGUUCAAUUGGAGGAGCAAAUUCAAAAGCAAGGAAUGAAUAAAUUACCUGUGCACACAUCCAUGCUCCAGUCAUCUUCAAAGAAAGAUCUUAACACUUUACGUAUGAGUGGAAGAAAACAAGGUGAAGGAGAGAAACAACUUGAUAUUCAGGAGCAACAAAGCUGUAAAAAGGUAAAGACAAACUCGGUCCUACCGUCGACGAGUAUAAAUCAAUUUCUAAAAAAAUAUGGGAUACACGUUGGUGGUGAAAAUUCUCCUAAUAUCCAACCAGUAGAUGAAGUCAGAUUUAUGUCAUCCCCUGUUGUUGAUGAGCAUGAAAUAGAAAUGGAUAAUUUUGAUGCACAAGCAGGAGUUGGUGACGAUGAGUUUGUUAGAGAUGAGGAUGUAAACAUUGAUAGUGCUGCAGAUGGGAUAUUAGAGAAGAAAAGAGUUCGAGGGCAAACGACAUGUAAGAAUAUUCAUGCAAGAAGUUUUGAAGAAAGAGAGGAGGUGACAUUUGACAAAGGACAAGCAGUGGGACCAACUGACAAGAGAGUGUCUGAUUUGACCAACUUUAUAGGAACAAUUGCAAGAAAUCCGAGAUUUAUCACCUUGGUGCAUACUAGUUGGCAUGCUGUGUCACAGGAUAUUAAGCGACGAAUGUGGGAAUAUGUCAACUCCAAGUUCAUAAUUCCAGCAGAAGGAGAGAAGUGGGUAAUGACCGGUAUUCGUGAUGCUUGGAGGCGACACAAGAGAAAUAUUAAGAUGAAAUAUUUCAAUAAGAAUGCUACUGAUGAAGACAUGCUACAAAAUCGUCCGAAUGAGAUACCAGAAGUUCAAUUUCACCAAUUGAUUCAGUAUUGGAAGGAUUCAGAUGUCCAACGUGCAACCAAAGAGAACAACGAGGAACCAUCAAAGUCCGAAAUGCUUAUUGCAACUCGUACAAAGAAAGGAAAAGAAGUUCAUACAGAUACUCAAGUUGCAAUAGUAAGUCAUGAUAAAAGUUAA